AUGUGCAACAGGUUUUCAAAACGUUUUAAUGUUACAAUAAUAGAAGCCUUUUUUAUCAAUCCCAAGAAAAAACACGCCAAAAUUAUAUUUCUAAAUAAAGAACAUAAGAUAAAAAUUUUAAACUUACCCAUGAGCCUCACAACCAUUUGGAUUGCUUCCAUGAGGUUUUUUCCGGCAUGUACCCAUGAGGAUAGUUUAAUGUUGAUUUCACUUGUGGGCUGA